AUGGCGCAGUCAGGAGCCCUGCCAGGGGUGGUGGUGCCCCAAGGGCCCUGCCGUGAGAGGGGCGUCCCCAGGUGCCCUCCCAGGGACAGCGGCGCCCCCAGGGGCCCUGUCGGGGAAGAGGCGUUCCCCAAGAGUUCUGUCAUGGGCGGUGGCGCCCAGAGGGGCUUUUCCCUGGGCGGUGACGCCCCAAGGGGCCAUGCCUAUGGCGGUGGUGACCAAGGGGCCUUGCCAGAGGCGGUGGCACCCCAGAGCAACAGCCGCUCCAAGGGCCCUCUUAGAGGAGUUGGCGCCCACAAGGGCCCUCUCAGGGGCGAGGGUCCCACUAGGAUCCCUCCCGGGGACAGCGGCAGCCCCAGGGGCCCUGCCAGGGGCGGUGGUGCCCCAAGAGCCCUGCCGGGGGAGGGGUGUCCCCAGGGACCCUCUCACGGGCAGUGGCGCCCCCAGGAGUCCUCAGUAGCCGAAUGGGCCCUCCCAGAGUGGUUGGCACCCCUAAGGGUCCAUCCAGGGGCGGUGGCGCCCCUAUGUGACUUGUCAAAACCGGAGGCGCCCUCAGGGGUCCUCUCAGGGGCGGUGGCGCUCUACGAGGCCCUUUCAGAUUUAGUGGCGCCCCAAGGUGCCCUCACAGAGGCGGUGGCGCCCCCAGAGGCUCCUUCAGGGGCGGUGGCCUCCCCAGGACCCCUCCCAGGGGCAGCAGCGCCCCCAGGAUCCCUACCAGGGACGGAGUCGCCCCAAUGGGCCGUGCCGGGGGAGGCCUUUCCCCAGGGGUCCUCUAAGGGGCGAUGGCGCUCCAAGGGGCCUUCCCAACUGCAGCGGGGCCUCCAGGGGCUUUCCUUAGGGAAGGUGGUGCCCUCAGGGGCCCUGCCAGGGGAGGUGACGUCCCCAGGGGCCCUUCACGGAGCGGUGGCGCCCGCAAGGGACCUCCCAGGGGCGGAAUCACCCCCAGGCGCCCUUCCAAGGGCGGUGGCGCUCCAAGGAGCCCUCCCAGCUGCAACGGGGCCUCCAAAGGCUCUGCUUAGGGGUGCUGGUGCACCCAGGGGACCUGCCAGGGGAGGUGGCGUCCCCAGGGACUCUUCAGGGAGCAAUGGCGUCCUCAGGGACCCUCUCAGCGGCCGUGGCGCCCCUAGCAGCCUUCUCAGGGCGCCCGCCCAGGUGCAACAACACCCCAAGGGCCUCUCCUUAGGAACAGCAGCGCCCCCAGGGGCCGUCCCAGGAACAACGACGCUCCCAGGGGAUCUCCCAGGGACAGCGGCGCCCCCAGAGGCCCCUCCAGGGGCGGUGACGCCCCCAGGGUCCCCUCCCAGGGACGGCAGAACCCCAAGGGCCCUGCCAAAGGCGGUGGCGCCCCCAAGGGCCUUUCUGGGGGAUGGGCGUUCCCCAGGGGCCCUCUCAGGGGCGGUGGUACCAACAGGGGCCUUUCCCGGUGAAGUUGCGCCCCAAAGGGGCCUUGUCUUGGGUGGCUGGCGCCCCCAGGGGCCCUACCAGGGGCGGUGGCACUGCCAGAAGACCUGCCAGAGACGGUGGCGGCCCCAUUACCCAUGUCAGGGGUGGUGGCGCUCUCAAGGGCUCUCCUUAGGGGCAGCAGCGCACCCAGAGGCCCUUCCAGUGACACCGGCGCCCCCAGGGGACUUUCCAGGGGCGGUGGAUCCCCCAGAGGCUCUUCUUAAGGGCAGCAGCACCCCCACGGCCCCUGCCAGUGGCGGUGACACCACCAGGGGCCGUGCCACGGGCUGUGUAACACCCCUAGGGCCCGUGCCAAGUGCUGUGGUGCCAACAGGAGCUCUGACAAGGGCUGUGGCGCCCCCAAGGGCCCUGCUAGGGGCGACUUGCCCCCCCAGCGUGUCGCCCACUUGGAACGGGUCCCCUAGGGGUUCUCCUUAG